AUGGCGGCACUUGUACAAUCACACACCUUUAGUGUGUGCAACCACAGCCACCUUUCUGUAGGACAUACCCAUGAGGAUGUCGAUGCUGUGCUAUCUGUGGUGAAAAGAGCUUUAGAUAGUGAGCCUGUGCUGUUGACACCUCGUGACUUUAUGAGAGCCAUCAACAAGAAACUGGAACCUCUGUUUGAACAACAAGGGAUGACCUUCAAGACCUUCUGGGUUGAGCAAGUACGUGAUUGGGUGAGCAUACUUCCGCAAUCAGUCUCAUUGUGGAAUGCUUACAGGGAUCGCAAGCCCAAGAGGAAUGAGGAGCGUGUACCUGCUCGUUUGAGGGGUGGGGGCGAUGGAGACUUAGAUGUGUUUGCUUUGGUGCGGCAGCAAAUGUCAGAUAGCUUUCUGAGCCAAAAUCCACUGCUUGUGAUGCCUCAAACUUUGAAGGGGGAAACAGACUACUUCAUGAGGAUGGCCAAUGCGGCUCCAAGUGUUGAUCCCUGGCUGAGCCCUGAGCGUCAAGAAGAAUUAAAACACUUGGCAGAUGAGAUCGCUGUGGACUUUCCACAUAUGGGUUGUGCUGUGACUUUUUACAGGAGCUUGCUUGUGGAGAACCCCUCCGUGGAACCAUACCCGAGAAUCAAGUUUUUGGGCAACGUUGCUCAGUCUGGGCAAAGAUGGUGCCAAUUCAAUUUGGGUGAUCGGAUGCCUCGGCCGAAGCCGCAUCCUUUGAGAGUUACGUUUCACCGGGGUAGGGCUGGUGGCUGA